GAUGUUGUAACAUUUUAACGGGGUCCUUAAUGUUGACCACUUAUAUUGUUUAAAACAAAGCGGAUAGGAAAAUAACUACACGUAUCAAUUAAGAUACGUUGAGUGAACUUCCUGGCAAAUAACCGCAAUAUUGGCCUCCGAGUACAGAAAAAGAACGCCCCGGAGCACUUGUCUGUUCCCUCUCAAAACGUAUGCAAAUUCGCCAUUCACUUUGAGCGACAUGCAUCUCAUCUGAAUCUAAGGAUACAUUUUGAAGAUGAUUCUCCUUCACUUAGUGGUUUGCGCUCUUACGCUAGUGAAGGUCUUUGCAAAUGACUUUCAUCAGCAAGUGGACUUCUUCAAUGGAUUUGAAGGAGUUAAAAGACGAUUGGACACAUACACAGCAAAACAAUUUGCCGAAGACUUGGUCCUCGAAGAUGACGAUGAGAAACAGUGGAUCGUGCAAAAACUGGAUAAUUUUGAUUCCUCGAACAACAAAACUUGGAGACAGCGCUUUGCAGAAAGAAACCAAUUUUACAAAGAUAACAACCUGGCCUUUCUGAUGAUUGAUGGUCAAGCUAGAAUGAGCGAAGGCUGGUUCCAGCACAGCUUUAUGUCUCAACUAGCUGAGAAAUACAAUGCAUACAUGUUCAUCAUUGAACACCGAUUCUAUGGAGCCAGUCAACCAAUAGACAACGUAAGUGUAGAUUCAUUGAAAUAUUUGAGCAGUGACCAAGCCCUGGCUGACUAUGCACAUUUCAUCCAGGAAAUGAAUAAGAAACACAAGUUUAGGAAGGCAAAAUGGAUCGUUUUUGGUGGAUUUUAUGCGGGUUCGUUGGCUACUUGGAUGAGGUAUAAAUAUCCAGACUUGGUUUACGCUGCUGUCGCCUCAAGCGCACCCCUACAAGCGCAAGUCAAUUUUCCCGAAUAUUUCAACACAGUUUCACACUCGUUGGGAAAAAUUUCCAGUCCUAAAUGUUCGGAAGCCAUCAGGAAUGCCAACCGGGAAAUAAGCGAGAACAUCCAUGAUCCAGAGAAGAGAAAGACAUAUCGGAAUCUUUUCGAUAUAUGCAAACCGUUGGAAAACAAUGAGAAAGAUAUUUCCAUUUUCUUUGCAACACUCGCUAAUACAGUCUCUGGAGUGGUUACGUUUUAUCGACCGGAAGCAAAGACACAUGGUGUAUCUGCGAAUGCAGCGGGACUAUGCAGGAUCAUGACGGACGAAUCCAUCGAAAGUCCUGUUGAGCGCUAUGCCAAGUGGAAGAAAGAAAUAUUCGGUGAUUACUGUUUAAAUGCUAAUUAUUCUGCACUCGUCAAUGCCUUAAAUACAACAAAAUAUUCUUUCUGUCCAUACCGCCAAUAUUUGUAUCAAACAUGCAACGAGUUUGGUUGGUACCAGACCUCCAGCAAGAAAAACGAUAUCUUCGGGAACAAACUUCCCAUUAGUUAUUUCACGGACUUCUGCAAGGACGUCUUCAAUGCCAAGUUUGAUGCGUCAACAAUAGAUGAAGCAACCACAGCCACUAAUAAAAAAUACAAGGGCUAUUCUAUACCAGUCAGCCGAGUCCUUUUUGUUCACGGAUCUCUCGAUCCCUGGAGUCCUCUUGGCAUCAAGAAGAAGCCCCCAAAAGAUAGUUACGCAAUUUUCAUUAAAGGAACGUCUCAUUGCGCAGAUAUGUUUGUUGACAAUGGAAAGGACCUGCCACAGAUAAAGAAGGCUAAGGACAAAAUUUCACGCAUCGUCAAACGCUGGGUGAAUGGAAGAAAAGAGUUUUUGUCUGAAAAAGAAUCCGUUUUUUAUUAUUAGAAAUUGUAAACAACUGACCCACAAAAAUAUAGUUUUAUUCUAACGUAUACUAACUCUAAAUUACAAGAUUUCCACCUGGA